CGCGGGACCAGCUGCCGCACCGCGAUUCCGGUGCUGCCCGCCUGGAAACCGUGCCGGAUUUGUGGCGAUUUUCGUAGCCAAGAGCCCCCAACCCUGACCAUGUAGAUGCCGGCUCCCGAAAGCAGCAUGGGCCCCGCUGAAUGGAGACUCCUGGGUCUGCAGCCCUGAGCCCCUCCGGCCCCUGGACCUUGCCCCACACCUGGGGACACCCCUCGGAGCCCACCGCCUCUGUCACCAGCCCACCUCGGCCACCCCCUGGAGCCGGCCGCCUGGAGCCACAGCAGUCCAGUGAGGCUGUGCUGGGGACAGCCACGCAGAGCCAUCAGCCUCCUGUCCAGCGCUGACCCUCGGGCCCGCCCCGAGCGGGGCCUGCAGCAGACAUGGGUGACAUGACCAACAGCGACUUUUACUCCAAAAACCAAAGAAACGAGUCGAGCCAUGGGGGCGAGUUCGGGUGCACGAUGGAGGAGCUGCGCUCCCUCAUGGAACUGCGGGGCACCGAGGCCGUGGUCAAGAUCAAGGAGACCUAUGGGGACACUGACGCCAUCUGCCGGCGCCUCAAAACCUCCCCUGUCGAAGGUUUGCCAGGCACCGCUCCAGACCUGGAGAAGAGAAAGCAGAUUUUUGGGCAAAACUUUAUACCUCCAAAGAAGCCAAAAACCUUCCUGCAGCUCGUGUGGGAGGCCCUGCAGGACGUGACGCUGAUCAUUCUGGAAAUCGCCGCCAUCAUCUCCCUGGGGCUCUCCUUCUACCACCCGCCCGGCGAGAACAACGAAGGAUGUGCGACGGCCCAGGGCGGGGCAGAGGAUGAAGGGGAGGCAGAGGCGGGCUGGAUCGAGGGGGCCGCCAUCCUCCUGUCGGUCAUCUGCGUGGUCCUGGUCACAGCCUUCAAUGACUGGAGCAAAGAGAAACAGUUCCGGGGCCUGCAGAGCCGCAUUGAGCAGGAGCAGAAGUUCACUGUGGUCCGGGCUGGCCAGGUGGUCCAGAUCCCUGUGGCUGAGAUCGUGGUUGGGGACAUCGCCCAGGUCAAAUAUGGCGACCUCCUCCCUGCCGACGGCCUCUUCAUCCAGGGCAACGACCUCAAGAUUGAUGAGAGCUCCCUGACGGGGGAGUCUGACCAGGUGCGCAAGUCAGUGGACAAGGACCCCAUGCUGUUGUCAGGUACCCACGUGAUGGAGGGCUCUGGACGGAUGGUGGUGACUGCCGUGGGUGUGAACUCUCAGACUGGCAUUAUCUUUACCCUGCUGGGGGCCGGUGGUGAAGAGGAAGAGAAGAAAGACAAGAAAGGUGUGAAGAAGGGGGAUGGCCUUCAGCUACCAGCGGCCGAUGGUGCGGCAGGUUCAAAUGCUGCAGAUAGUGCAAAUACCAGCCUAGUCAAUGGUAAAAUGCAGGAUGGCAAUGUGGACGCCAGCCAGAGCAAAGCCAAACAGCAGGACGGGGCGGCCGCCAUGGAGAUGCAACCCCUCAAGAGUGCCGAGGGGGGAGACGCUGACGACAAGAAGAAGGCCAACAUGCACAAGAAGGAGAAGUCGGUGCUGCAGGGCAAGCUCACCAAGCUAGCCGUGCAGAUCGGCAAGGCAGGCCUGGUGAUGUCAGCCAUCACGGUGAUCAUCCUGGUGCUCUACUUCACUGUGGACACCUUCGUGGUCAACAAGAAGCCGUGGCUCCCCGAGUGCACACCCGUCUACGUGCAGUACUUCGUCAAGUUCUUCAUCAUCGGCGUGACGGUGCUGGUGGUUGCCGUGCCCGAGGGGCUCCCUCUGGCUGUCACCAUCUCCCUGGCCUACUCGGUGAAGAAAAUGAUGAAGGACAACAACCUGGUCCGCCACCUGGACGCCUGCGAGACCAUGGGCAAUGCCACGGCCAUCUGCUCGGACAAGACAGGCACCCUGACCACCAAUCGCAUGACGGUGGUGCAGGCCUACGUGGGCGACGUCCACUACAAGGAGAUCCCCGACCCCAGCUCCAUCAACGCCAAGACCAUGGAGCUGCUGGUCCACGCCAUCGCCAUCAACAGCGCCUACACCACCAAGAUCCUGCCCCCGGAGAAGGACGGUGCCCUGCCCCGGCAGGUGGGCAACAAGACGGAGUGCGGCCUGCUGGGCUUCGUGCUGGACCUGAAGCAGGACUACGAGCCGGUGCGCGCUCAGAUGCCCGAGGAGAAGCUGUACAAGGUCUACACCUUCAACUCCGUACGCAAGUCCAUGAGCACCGUCAUCAAGCUGCCGGACGAGAGCUUCCGCAUGUAUAGCAAGGGCGCUUCGGAGAUCGUGCUCAAGAAGUGCUGCAAAAUCCUCAACGGGGCAGGUGAGCCUCGGGUCUUCCGGCCCCGAGACCGGGACGAGAUGGUGAAGAAGGUGAUCGAGCCCAUGGCCUGCGACGGGCUCCGCACCAUCUGCGUGGCUUACCGCGACUUCCCCAGCAGCCCUGAGCCCGACUGGGACAACGAGAAUGACAUCCUCAACGAGCUCACCUGCAUCUGUGUGGUGGGCAUCGAGGAUCCCGUGCGGCCCGAGGUCCCGGAAGCCAUCCGCAAGUGCCAGCGAGCAGGCAUCACUGUCCGCAUGGUCACCGGUGACAACAUCAACACGGCGCGGGCCAUCGCCAUCAAGUGUGGCAUCAUCCAUCCCGGGGAGGACUUCCUGUGCCUUGAGGGCAAGGAGUUCAACCGAAGGAUCCGCAACGAGAAAGGGGAGAUCGAGCAGGAGCGGAUCGAUAAGAUCUGGCCAAAGUUGCGGGUGCUGGCUCGCUCCUCCCCCACGGACAAGCACACCCUGGUCAAAGGCAUCAUCGACAGCACGCACACGGAGCAGCGGCAGGUGGUGGCCGUGACGGGGGACGGCACCAACGACGGGCCUGCGCUCAAGAAGGCUGACGUGGGCUUCGCCAUGGGCAUCGCAGGCACGGACGUGGCCAAGGAGGCCUCGGACAUCAUCCUGACGGACGACAACUUCAGCAGCAUCGUCAAGGCAGUGAUGUGGGGCCGCAAUGUCUACGACAGCAUCUCCAAGUUCCUGCAGUUCCAGCUGACCGUCAACGUGGUGGCCGUGAUCGUGGCCUUCACGGGCGCCUGCAUCACGCAGGACUCCCCCCUGAAGGCAGUGCAGAUGCUCUGGGUGAACCUCAUCAUGGACACAUUCGCCUCCCUGGCGCUGGCCACUGAGCCGCCCACCGAGACGCUGCUCCUGAGGAAGCCGUAUGGCCGCAACAAGCCCCUCAUCUCUCGGACCAUGAUGAAGAACAUCCUGGGCCAUGCCGUCUACCAGCUCACCCUCAUCUUCACCCUGCUCUUCGUCGGCGAGAAGAUGUUCCAGAUCGACAGCGGGAGGAACGCACCCCUGCACUCACCGCCCUCCGAGCACUACACCAUCAUCUUCAACACCUUCGUCAUGAUGCAGCUCUUCAACGAGAUCAACGCCCGCAAGAUCCAUGGCGAGCGCAACGUCUUCGACGGCAUCUUCCGGAACCCCAUCUUCUGCACCAUCGUGCUGGGCACCUUUGCCAUCCAGAUAGUGAUCGUGCAGUUUGGGGGAAAGCCAUUCAGCUGCUCCCCACUGCAGCUGGACCAGUGGAUGUGGUGCAUAUUCAUUGGGUUAGGAGAGCUCGUCUGGGGCCAGGUCAUCGCCACCAUCCCGACCAGCAGGCUCAAGUUCCUCAAGGAGGCGGGCAGGCUCACGCAGAAGGAGGAGAUCCCCGAGGAGGAGCUCAACGAGGACGUGGAGGAGAUAGACCACGCCGAGCGCGAGCUGCGGCGGGGCCAGAUCCUGUGGUUCCGAGGUCUGAACCGGAUCCAGACCCAGAUUGAAGUAGUCAAUACUUUCAAGAGCGGGGCCUCCUUUCAGGGGGCCCUGCGGAGACAAUCCUCCGUCACCAGCCAGAGCCAGGACAUCCGCGUCGUGAAGGCGUUUCGUAGCUCUCUCUAUGAAGGUCUAGAAAAGCCUGAGUCUCGAACCUCCAUCCAUAACUUCAUGGCUCAUCCUGAGUUCCGGAUCGAAGAUUCGCAGCCCCACAUCCCCCUCAUCGACGACACCGACCUGGAAGAAGAUGCCGCGCUCAAGCAGAACUCGAGCCCGCCCUCGUCGCUCAACAAGAACAACAGCGCCAUCGACAGCGGGAUCAACCUGACGACCGACACAAGCAAAUCAGCUACCUCUUCAAGUCCAGGGAGCCCCAUCCACAGCCUGGAGACGUCGCUUUAGCUGAGGAACCGCCCCCCACCCCGCCGCCACACCACACCCCGCCCCCCACCCGGGCAGCCACCCAUCCAGGCACCUGACCGACCCAAGCAGCAGCGAGCAACGGCAGGAAAAAAACAACAAAAACAAAUACUGGCGAGAAAACCGAUUCCACCCAGCAGACCCUUUUUUUUCUGGCUGCGAUGCUGUUUGAACUCUUUUUCACCUUGAGGCGAGGGCGGGAUCCCGUGGGGAGCGGGGCUAAAGGGAGUGAGUGGGGGUUUUCCCAGAACUAGCCCUUCCUGGCUCCCGCCAGACAUGGACCAGCCAUGCCCCCUGCCCAGCGCCAGCCACAUCCCUGCAUGAAUGUACUGCAUACUUCCGGUCCUCCCUUAGUUUGGUUUUUGGGGGGUUGGGGAGGGGUUUUGUUUUUUGUUUUGUUUUGUUUCUUUUCUUAGGCGGGAACUGCAAAACAGACUCUUUUCUGAGACUAUUUAUCCAAUCCACUGUCUGAAGUUUUUGAGAUGCUUGCAAGUAGCAUGGUCUCAGUUGUACAGGUUAAUUUCACAACUUUUUGAAAUUGCAGAGCUUAACUCGCCUGGUAAAUUUGCACCAAUGGAACCGAAGAACUUCAGACACUCACAAGGUUAUAUCCAUUUCUUUGUAUCUAUAUCAACGUAUACUUCUCUGAGACUGUAUACGUCCAUAUAGAUAGGUAGAUAUAUAUAUAUAUAUAAAUAUAUAUAAUGGAUAUAUAAAAUUUUUUUGCCGGCAUGUUGCCUUGUUUCCGCUUAAAUUGCUCUAUUUUAACUUAUUUAUGUCCUAAAAGAAGAAUGUAAUUUGUUUACAAACCUGUAGAUAACGUCUUCGGCUAUUUGUAUGGUUUAAGAACACUGGUGGCUGAGAUGCUAUAAAAACAGCUCAGCCUGGCAGACACCUCCCUGGAUUGCAUCCUCGAUGUUUUCCGAUAGC